AUGGCCACGGGCCCGCAAAUCGAGGUUAUUCCUUGUAAAAUAUGCGGCGACAAGUCGUCGGGAAUCCACUACGGCGUGAUCACCUGCGAAGGGUGCAAAGGGUUUUUCCGCAGAAGCCAACAGAAUAACGCCACCUAUUCCUGCUCGCGGCAGAGGAACUGUCUCAUUGACCGGACAAACCGGAACCGGUGCCAACAUUGCCGGCUGCAGAAAUGUUUGGCGCUGGGCAUGUCUCGCGAUGCGGUCAAGUUUGGCCGCAUGUCCAAGAAGCAGCGGGACUCCCUCUACGCUGAGGUCCAGAAGCACCAGCAGAACCAGGAGCAGGGCGGCGGCUCCAAGGACGAGACGGAGACGAUGUCCAGGGUCUACACCACGAGCGUCAGCAGCGGGCUGUCCGACCUGGACGACAUCUCCAUGCUUUCGGACGGCUUCCUCUUCGACUUCCCACUGACCCCGGAGGGCAGCGGCGGCUACUACAACCUUGACCUGUUGACCUCCGCCCAGCCGUCUCCGGAUCAGUCCAGCAUCGACGUCAGCGACGCCAAGCUCAUCAAGCAGGAGUCCAUCUACGAGCUAAUGUUGGAGCCCGGACUUUUCCCGCACGGCUCAAUCGAGGGCGGACAUUUGGCCUCGGACGUCUCCAGGAUAGAGAUCGAACGGCUGGCUCAGAACGUGGUCAAAUCCCACCUGGAAACUUCUCAGUACACCAGCGAGGAGCUGAAAAGAUUGGCCUGGAUCCUCUACUCUCAGGAAGACAUCCGGAACAUGCAGAACAAGAGCUGUGAAGCCAUGUGGCACGAGUGCACGGUCCAAAUCUCCAACGCCAUCCAAUACGUCGUGGAAUUCGCCAAACGCGUCGACGGCUUCAUGGAUCUUUGUCAAAACGACCAGAUCAUCCUCCUCAAAGCAGGCUGCCUCGAGGUCCUCCUCAUCCGAAUGAUACGGGCCUUCAACCCGCUGAACAACAUGGUGCUGUUUGCGGGGAAAUACGCCGGGGUGCAGAUGUUCAAGUCUCUAGGUUGCGAUGACCUCAUCAACGCCAUCUUUGAGCUGGGGAGAAAUCUUUGCCGGCUCCAGCUCUCCGAUGAGGAGAUUGCGCUCUUCACAGCUGCCGUCCUUCUCUCUCCUGAUCGCCCCUGGCUCUCAGAGUCCAAGAAGGUACAGAAGCUGCAGGAUAAAAUCUACUUGGCUUUGCAGCACGAAAUCCAGAAGAAGAACGGCAACGAAGACAGGCUCUCAAAGAUUAUCUCCAAACUCCCGUUGAUGAAGACCAUCUGCAACUUGCACUUGGACAAACUGGAAUUUUUCCGCCUCGUCCACCCAGAGAUCGCCACGAACUUUCCUCCCCUCUACAAAGAAGUCUUCAACUCUGAACUCCACUACAGCGACGGCCGAGACAGCUAAGACGCCCAAAAUCCGCAGGGAGAAAACUUUAAAAACUUUGGAGGACGGCGGAGCCGAGAGACGCGGAGGUGGGGCAUUACGGAUCACAACAUCUCCUUUUUUAAUUUCUAAAAAAGGACACACGCUCACCCCUCGCCCGGAAAAUGUGUUUUUAAAACCCAGCGGCCGGCCGCAAGACCUUUCCGGAGCCGCGGUCCCCUUUCCGCCCGCGGUCGCUCUUGAAUGUAAUCGCACCUUGACGGAUGCUCAGAAAAGGAAGCAGCCCUUUUUCUCGUUAUUUUUGCGAAAUGAAUGUGAACCUAGAAGCUGCGUCGUGCAUCAACCUCUCCCGCUUUGAUUUGCAACGUCCCCGCGGAAGCACGCCUUCACACGUGCCGCAGAACCCGCGGGUUCCGUAACCGUUUGUGUAGUACCGCUAUUAUUAUAAUUAUUAUUAUUAUUAGGUCCCCGUUCUCCCCACGUUUCAACAGCAUGGCACGGACGGAAAAGGGGACCGAUGAGGACUUCUUCGAGUCGAGGGGGAAAUCUGUUGGGCGA